GCAGUCUUCGUCUGUCGAACCGCGGCAUCACGUACAGGUUCAUUCACCUCAGACUUUGCUUUUUUUUUUUUAAACAAAAUAUCUUCAACUUAAGGCACAGUAUUAUUUUCAUUUAACUGUCAUCCAUGAGAUUCUUCAGGCUUACCUUCAAGUGCUUCGUCGACUGCUUUUGAAUCUCCUUUGUCAACGGCUGAACUGACUGCGGCGCCUUAUUAACAUUUUUCCAUCUCUUGGCUGAGCUGAGGGGUUCCAACGUGUGAUAAUCAUAAAAACUGAGAUUUUAUUUAUUUCAAGAGGGCGAAAUAACAAACUCAGAAAAUCAAAGAGACAACUGGAGCACUGCACAUUGCGGCUACAUCUCUGUCUGCCUCUGAGCCCGCCGGGUGCCUUCUUAGCCAGGCACAUUUAAAAAAAAAAAAACACUCGAGCAGCCCCUGGCUAAACCAACAGCCAGCAGCUUUGCUUUUUAAAAAUAGAUAUAUUUUUGUGCCGCUACCCUACAAUAUGUCACCUGAGUUGGAAGAGACCAGUCAAGGUGAAAUCAGCCUCCCACAAUUAGAGGCGGGGGCCUUGUCUGAGGAAGAAGGUGGGUCAGCUCGCCCCUUGGUACCUGUGCCUGGAGCAGGCCCAGGGUGUGGUGCGGGCGGAGGGGCUGGCCCGCCAUCAAGCCAGGAUGGGGCUGCAGCUGGGACUGGAAACGGGACUGUAGCUGUUCCAGCGGUGGAGAGAGAAACGUGGACCAGACAGAUGGACUUCAUCAUGUCCUGUGUGGGUUUUGCGGUUGGCUUGGGCAACGUGUGGAGGUUCCCUUACCUUUGCUACAAGAACGGAGGAGGGGUUUUUCUCAUCCCCUACCUACUGAUUGUGUUCAUCGGAGGCAUCCCGGUCUUCUUCCUUGAGAUUUCACUGGGGCAGUUUAUGAAGCAGGGAGGGGUCUCUGCUUGGAACAUCGCACCCCUCUUCAAAGGUCUGGGCUUGGCCUCAAUGGUGAUAGUGUUCUUCUGUAACACCUACUACAUCAUGAUUCUGGUGUGGGGCCUCUACUUUCUCUUCCACUCCUUCACAAACCCGCUGCCCUGGGCCACCUGUGGACACCCCUGGAACACCCCAAACUGUACACAGGACUUUCGUCGCACCUGCCACAACCGCAGUGCUGCCCAGUCUGCUUUACCGUCACCAGAUGCCACCCCCUCCAACCUCCUCGCCUCUACCCCGUCCCAGUUGAACCUCUCUUCAGCUCAGCUCCUUCUCAACAGCAGCUGCAUGGAAGCAGAGGGAAUGCGAUCUCCGGUCAUUGAAUUCUGGGAACGUAAAGUACUCCGUCUUUCUGGUGGACUGCACGAGCCUGGUGACAUCAGCUAUGAGAUGGUGCUGUGUCUCAUAGCUACUUGGGUUAUUGUUUACUUCUGCAUGUGGAAAGGAGUUAAAUCUACUGGCAAGGUUGUGUACUUUACAGCUCUUUUCCCCUACCUGGUUCUGGUCGUUCUUUUGGCCCAUGGAGUCACUCUACCAGGAGCUUUAGAUGGGAUUGUUUACUACCUGAAACCAGACUGGUCUAAACUUGGAGAAGCGCAGGUGUGGAUUGAUGCCGGCACUCAGAUCUUCUUCUCUUAUGCCAUCGGACUGGGCGCCCUGACUGCGCUGGGCAGCUACAACCGCUUCCAUAACAACUGUUACCAGGAUGCAUUCCUUCUGGCUCUCAUAAACAGUGGAACCAGUUUCUUUGCUGGCUUUGUGGUGUUCUCUGUGCUGGGCUUCAUGGCUGCAGAGCAAGGCGUGGACAUCAGUAAGGUAGCUGAGAGUGGUCCUGGCCUGGCCUUUAUUGCUUACCCCAAGGCAGUGACAUUGAUGCCUCUGGCGCCACUCUGGGCAGCACUUUUCUUCUUUAUGCUGCUCAUACUGGGCCUGGACAGUCAGUUCGUAGGGGUGGAGGGUUUGAUAACAGGAAUCAUGGACAUGCUACCCCCCAAAUCUGCCCUGGGCUCCCUGCGACGAGAGGUGGUGGCAGCCAUCUGCUGCGUCAUCUGCUUUCUCAUCGACAUGUCUAUGGUCACUGAGGGAGGGAUGUAUGUCUUCCAGCUGUUUGACUACUACUCUGCCAGCGGCAUCACCCUACUGUGGCAGGCCUUCUGGGAGUGUGUGGUGAUCGCAUGGGUCUAUGGUGCAGACCGUUUCAUGGACGACGUGGCUCGUAUGAUCGGCUAUCAACCACUGCCCUACAUGAAGUGGUGCUGGUCCUACAUCACGCCUUUUGUCUGUGUGGCAGUGUUCCUGUUCCAUGUGGUGAACUACAAGCCCCUCACCUACAACACAGUGUACACCUAUCCUUUGUGGGGUGAAGCGCUUGGCUGGGCAUUGGCCUUGUCAUCAAUGCUCUGUAUCCCUGUCACAGUUCUCUACAAGCUGCUGCGCUGCAAAGGAUCCUUGCGGGAGAGGUGGCAACAUCUAACCACUCCAGUUUGGGGGAGACAUCACCUGGAAUACCUGGCCCCUGAGACCGAGGCCAAACUGCUGCCCCCUGCAGGCACAAAGAAUACACUUCUCUUUGAAAGUGUCAUUUGAAGAGCUGAGCCCUAUAGAACACAGAGCAAAGGUUUCCCGUAAAUCAACACACACAAACACACAGGCCAUACAAAACACAUGCACAUACUACACAAGCCGUUUAAGAGCAAAGCCUAGGUUUGUUAAACAACUGGCAGAUUUAAAUCUAUGGAAAAGCCCUGGACUAAUGGACCAAAGAGUAGAUGGGAGAAGAACUGAAAUACGCACUGUCAUCCACCCUCAUCCAUAUAUAGCCAUCAUCAAACGCUGACAAACCCUCUGCUCUGCUUUCUAACUCUACCUCGCUGACUCUCCACCCCCUCCGCCCCCCCCCGCCCCCCGCCUUUGUGCUGUCCCGUCUCGUUUCGUCCUAUGGGUGUUGUGUAUCCAGUGUAGUUGUGAUAUAUUUUCUUCCUGUGCCUAUCUGUCAGGGUUUCAACAGCAUCAUCCGUCCAAAAACGUCAUGUCCUUUUGUGAAAUGAGCAGAAACAUAAAAGAUUCUGAUGAAACUUUCUUAAUGAAAGAACGUUUAUCUGCUGCUGAUUCGCCAUGGUCUGAAUGUGUGCGUGCACAAAUGUUUACGUAUCCGUUCUUGUGUGGAUGUGGGCAUGUGUCUUUAAGAAACCGUGCGUGUUGGACCAUGGCAGUGGUGUCUUCAUUAAUAUGUGAAAUAGCCUUUAUGGCUGUUGUUUUCUGCCAACUAUAUUCUCUCAAUCAACUGUACAAAAAAUAGCUUCCAUUUAUUAAAAAAAUAUAAAGAUAUUCAAAACAAGACAAUGCAUCACCACUUCCAGCUGUGUGUUAUGAACUAUCUUAAGUAUCCAGUGUAUUGUAAGGUCUGUGAAUCAGUGUUAAUAUUUGGAGGGGAUGAUGAUCAUCAGUAUUUCCACCUUAAGGAAAGGAGAAACUAUAGACUGAAUUGUGCAAAGAGCUGGAGACUGGGAUGAGGGGAGGGGAAAGAGACUUGAUGCCAUGCCAGAAAGGAAGCAAUAAAUGACCUGA